GUUCUUAUUGGCUGGAUCUCUUUCGCCUUGCGCGCGCCCUCUUGGUCCCGAAAACGGAGAGGAGGCGUGGCCAAAGAUCUGGCCGAAACGGCAGGGAUUCGGGGAGAAGGAAUUCCCGCCCAAGAGAUUUGGCCGCCUGAGGAGAAGAAUUAAAGGGAAGAUGUCCUAUCCCUCACUGUAUGGAUCAAAGAUGAAGGACAAAGACUCACUUGGACCUGAUGCAAGAAAAGGCACUGAUGCCCCCAGGAGUGAAGGCGGUGACACUUCCUGGGAAAGAACUGUCCAGAAGAUCUUGGUGGGUGACGUCAGCUCCGAUGCGCAACGCCAGCCCUUCAAGCAGGUCUGUUACCAGGAGUCCAAGGGGCCCCGGGAAGUCUGCAGCAGACUCUUUUAUCAUUGCCAUCAGUGGCUGAAGCCAGAAUCUCAUACAAAAAAUCAGAUCCUGGAUCUGUUGAUCCUGGAACAAUUCUUGAGCAUCCUGCCACCAGAGCUGGGAAACUGGAUCAGAGAAUGUGAAUCUGAAACUUGUUCCCAGGCAGUGGCCUUGGCAGAAGGUUUCCUCCUGAGACAGCCAGAAGAGCAGCAGCAGGGCACCCAAGGUGAUGUGCAGGUCAAACAUCUCUCUGUGGAAGUUGAGUCUGAUUUUGCACUGGCAGAGAAGGCUCCGUUGGAUAUCUGGCUGAGUCCUCAGUGGAGGAAGGUGAUGCAUGACGGGGACAGAGGUGCUGUCUUGCAGGGGACUGAAAGGAGGCUGGCAACGUGUACUCAGCCAUCUCUUCUUCAUUGUGGUGGAGUGGAAGCAGAUCAGGCUCCAGUGAUCUUUGAGGAGGUGGCUGUAUCUUUCUCUGAGGAGGAGUGGGCCCUUUUGGAUCCUGAUCAGAGAGCCCUGCACAAGGAGGUCAUAGAAGAGACCUGUAGAAUCAUGGUUGCUCUUGAUACCCAGGGGAGAACAAAUUUGUGUUGCCAGUAUGAGAAACGUGUUAGAAACAAAGUGGAACUUGCGGCACGUGAGGAAGCACACACACGAGAAGAAAUCUGUACCAGAGAGAAGCCCUAUAAAUGCUCCAUUUGUGGAGAGUGUUUUGCCCAACAUAUGGAACUUACGCUUCAUUCCACAUCACCCCAUGGGGGACACCAGAGUGUUCCUACAGGAAAGAAACUACACAAAUGUCAGGAAUGUGGCAGAUGUUUUUCUCAAGCUUCAAACCUUUGGAGUCAUCAGAGAGUCCACACUGGAGAGAAGCCAUACAAAUGCGAAGCAUGUGGCAAAUGUUUGGCCACUAGGGAUUCCCUAGUAAGCCAUCAGCGUGUCCACACAGGAGAGAAGCCCUACAAAUGCCAAAUGUGUGAGAAACCUUUUCCUUCCAGAUCUGACCUUGUGAAGCAUGAGAGAAUCCACACUGGAGAGAAACCAUACAAAUGCCAGGAAUGUGGGAAAUGUUUUGGUUACAAUUCAUCCCUUCGGAGUCAUUGGAGGCUACAUACAGGAGAGAAACCAUAUAAAUGCCAGGAAUGUGGAAAAUGCUUCACUCAAAGACCAUCUCUUGUGGUUCACCAGAGAGUCCAUACUGGAGAGAAACCAUACAAAUGCCAAGACUGUGGGAAAUGUUACAUUUCCAAGUCACACCUGAUUACUCAUUGCAGACUACACACAGGAGAGAAACCAUACAAAUGUCAAGAGUGUGGGGAAUGUUUUGUUCAUAAUUCAACCCUUGUAAUCCACCAGAGAAUCCACACUGGAGAGAAACCAUACAGAUGCCUAGAAUGUGAGGAAUGUUUUGUUAGCAAGUCCAACCUUCUUAGUCACCAAAGAUUUCACUCAAGAGAAAAACUAUAUAAAUGCAAAGAGUGUGGAAAAUGCUUUACUCAGAAAUCAGAUCUUUUGGUCCACCAGAGAAUCCAUACAGGUGAGACACCAGUCAAAUACCAAGCAGGUGAAAAAGAUUUGCAUUGCAGUAUAUCGCUUCUGAGUCAUAUGAACCUUCCCCAAGGAGAGAAACCAUACAAAUGCCAGGAGUGUGGGAAAAAUUUUACUCGCAAGUCAAGGCUUGUGAUGCACCAGAAAGCCCAUAGAGGAGAGACACCAUAUAAAUGUCAGGACUGUGGGAAAGGCUUUACUUCUAAUCCAUCUCUCCUGAGUCACCUGAGACUGCACACAGGAGAGAAACCAUUCAAAUGCCAGGAGUGCGGGAAGUCUUUUACCCACAGAUCAACACUUGUGACCCACCAGACAGUCCAUACAGGGGAGAAACCGUACAAAUGCCAAGAAUGUGAGAAAAGUUUUAAUUUUUAUUCAUCCCUUUGGAGGCAUUUGCUACUCCACUUGAGAGAGUUACCAGAGAGUCCACACAGGAGGUAAACUACAUGAAUGUCAAAAUCAUGUGAAAGGCUUUGUUUUCCUGCUGUGGGUGGAGGGCCUCCCAAAGUUUCCCUUUUCUCCUCUGAUCAGACAGGAUGAUGCAAAUUAUACAACAACCUCUAUUCCAUAUGGAGAGUUACCACACUCAGGUCUUUUUUUUUUUUGGAAGGCAGGGCAGCAGCUAUUUUUUUUUUUUUUGGAUUUGCAACUUUUGAUCUACAUUAGAUGAGCGUCUCUCAGCUGUGGAAGAUAGAGACAAUCCGACUGUUUCUAUGACAUGCACUUUGAAGUGCUGGAGGUUCAAGACAUGAGAAGUUGGGCAGGCAGUUUCAAUUGUCCUAGUGGUGAAACCUCUGGAGCUGUUCUUUCAGAGGAGACCCAGGUUGUAUACAACCCACUAGUAGAGUUUUUAAAGGCUAGGACAGCAACAGUGAUUACUCUUGGUGAGACCGAACCAAUUUCUGCCUCCCCAGAGGUGGAUGAGGUUCACUUUCACCCAAGGUUUACUGUGGGCAUUGGCAUCUGUGGGGUGGGUGAAGGUGCUUUGGUUUUGGGCUGUGCUGUGCUGCCAGAUGGCACCAGCUGUGCAGCUUCAUAAGCACACUAAAAUAUGCCAAACCUGCUGUAGUUGUAGCCCUUUAUGUCAGCUGCUCAGAGGGGACAUCCCAAGAACUGCCACAAAUGUGUUCUUCCUAGGAUUCAUAUUUCUUUUCUCCAAACACAUCAUCCUUACCAGCCCUCAUCAUCAGCUUCUUAACAUCAUAGGGAGAUGUUUCCACUUUUAAAAACUCUUCAGCCAAGGCCCACAAGAACACGAUUGGAAUUGCCUUCCCUUUUGCCUCUAACUAGUGUGGAGCUGUGUUGUUUUUAUUUAAUUAUAUAUAUGUUAUAUAACCGCUGCCACCAGAUUAUAAAGAUGUUUUUAUUUAAACGCUGCCACCAAAUGUAAAGAUGUUUAUAAUGCGGCCACCAGAUGUAAAGGGGAUUAUCAACACUUGCCACCACUAUGGGGAGAUGUAGCCACUAGCUACUCAGAGAUGAGACCUUUUAAAUUUUGGUUUUCUUCUUCUUGUUUACAAUUGAUGGUAAUAUAUGUGACAGAAGCUGAGAUGUUUGAAAGAACAACAACCCGUUUAUUCAGGCACAAAGCUUAAUGGUUACAAUAACUUUCUCUUUAGAGGCACUUUAGUUAACAGUUGCAAAGCUAGAAUGAGGGGUUUCAAAUUCCUUAAAAUGUCAAUUCAUUCUCUACUGCUCUAAACUGCAGUCACCCUGUGAAUUACAAUCACAGAUUAUCUGUUCCUUAUCAGGAGACAGACUACCUUAAAAUAAGUCACCAAGCUUAUUUUAAACUGACUCAAAAAUAAGCAAUUGAGUCUCCCUGAUUCCUUCAAGUGAGGAUCAGUCUUCACUGUACCUCAUCAGGGCACAGACUAACUGCUUCUUUUUUUAAACCUGCACUUCUCCACAAAACCGGCAGUUGGCUCCACCCACUUCUCCAUGGCAACCAACUCUUGAGUGCAGAGAUGCAAUAACUGAAAUAUUGACCCUUUUAAAACACAAUUAAACAUGACAUCUGUAAACCAAAAAAUUCACACUUUAUUACACUCUCCCACCGGAACCUGUAGCGUAAUGUCUUUUUAUUUCAGUGGAUUUUCCUCCACUCACAUGGAAAACCAUCUGAACAUUAGGGACUUCCCAGAGAGGGAGGGGUCAGAGAACAGGGAGUAACUUCUAUUCUGCAUAGAACUCACCUACUCUUCUAAUACAUCUCCAAGAUUAUAGACAAGAUUAAAAUCUAAUUUUUGAAUGUUGUUCUUCUGACAUUUGAACUGAUGUAAAGUAGCCUUCUUCUGACAUUUGAAUUAAUUUAAAACAGCUAUGAGUUUGUAUAGGUUUGUGUGGCAGCCCCCAACUACAUUUUUGGGAGAUGCGGAGAAAACAGGACAAAAAGGUGUUGUGCAAUCCAUUUUUUUAUCCAUUCACAUUUUUAUAUUCUGAACAGUGAGUCUAACAAAUAGUAAACUCAUACUUGGUUCUGUGAAACACCAGAUAAAGGACAGAAGAAAAGAAUUAAAUUAGCUAUGUUAUGCUGCAAAUACACAUAUGAAGCUAUGACGGCAUUCUGCAAUGUAUUUGAAAAAUGCUAUAUCUAUCGGCUGUUGUGUGCCUUCAAAUUGUUCUGGAACUUUGCCAACACUGUCACAGGAUUUUCUUGACAAGAAUAAGACUUGAUUUAUGUCCCACCCUAGCUCCCUGAGGGGACUCAGGAUGGUUAACAACAAAUAUCGGCAGACAUUUAAUGCUGCAAAAAAUAGACCAGGACAAAAUAAUCCAACUCACCCAGACCCAAAACAGAGGUUUGCUCUUGUCUAUAACUGCAUCUAUAUCUAUAGUAUCUAUGUUUGUAUUUGUUAAUAAACUUAUCAAUUUUUCCUAUAAACAAUAAAUAACAAAAGGAA